AUGACAGACCUUAGCCUCAUGACAGACCGCAGUCUCAUGACAGUCCUGGAUCUCAUGCCAGACCCCAGCCUCAUGACAGACCUCAGCCUCAAGACAGACCUCAGUUUCAUGACAGACCUGGGCCUCGUUACAGUCCUUUACCAAUUGCCAGACCUCAGUCUCAUGACAGACCUCAGCCUCUUGCCAGACCCCAGCCUCAUGACAGAGCUCAGCCUCAAGACAGACCCCAGUUUCAUGACAGACCUGGGCCUCAUUACAGUCCUGGGCCGCAUGACAGACCUCAGCCUCAUUACGGUCCUUUACUAUAUGACAGACCUCAUUUUUCUGACAGACCUCAGCCUCAUGACAGACCUUAGCCUCAUGACAGUCCUGGAUCUCAUGACAAACCUCAGCCUUAUGAAAGACCUCAGUAUCUAA